AUGGCUUUGCAUCACAGUAUAGCAAGGCAACACAUGACCUUGCAUCACAUUAUAGCAAGGCAACACAUGGCCUUGCAUCACAUUAUAGCAAGGCAACAUACGAUCUUGCGCCAUAGAAAAGCGAGGCGACACAUGGCUUUGCACCACAGUAAAGCAAGGCAACACAUGACCUUGCAUCACAGUAAAGCAAGGCAACACAUGACCUUGCAUCACAUUAUAGCAAGGCAACACAUGACCUUGCAUCACAUUAUAGCAAGGCAACACAUGACCUUGCAUCACAUUAAGCAAGCAACACAUACGACACCAUUAAGCACACAUAGAAACAGCAAGGAGGCCGUACACAUAGGCUUUGCUACACACAGUAAAGAAAGGCAACACAUGACCUUGCAUCACAGUAAAGCAAGGCAACACAUGACCUUGCAUCACAUUAUAGCAAGGCAACAUACGACCUUGCACCAUAGAAAAGCAAGGAGGCGACACAUGGCUUUGCACCACAGUAAAGAAAGGCAACACAUGACCUUGCAUCACAGUAAAGCAAGGCAACACAUGACCUUGCAUCACAUUAUAGCAAGGCAACAUACGACCUUGCACCAUAGAAAAGCAAGGAGGCGACACAUGGCUUUGCACCACAGUAAAGCAAGGCAACACAUGACCUUGCAUCACAGUAAAGCAAGGCAACACAUGACCUUGCAUCACAAUAAAGCAAGGCAACACAUGACCUUGCAAGUAAAGCAAGCAACACAUGACUUACACCACAGUAAAGCAAGGCAACACAUGACUUGA